AUGGAUCACAUUGAAUUCAAAGUCCCUGCUGGGUGCUACACAGAAGCUUCUGUGAAGGAACUGAGAGCCUUCCUCAGCUGCACGCAUCGGAAGAUCGGCGAAGGAUCUCUUCUGUGGCGCGUGAGGCUUCAGUUGGCCGACAUGAAAGAGGAAUUUCAACGAAAGAUGAGCGACUUUGACCGAAAGAAAGCCAUGGAUAUGCGAACGCUCAGCAAGGACUUUGAGAAGAAGGUGGAGAUUGAGGCAGCGAAGCUUCGAGCGAGAACCAAGGACCAGUUGGAUUCCACGACCAAGCGGACCAUCAUGGAAAAUGAACAAAUGGUGGGCCGACAGCUGGAGGUUGUGGCAGUGCUUGAGAAGUUUGGGGCUUAUGGCAUUCGGCUGGUGAAGAAAUACACCAGUGUGGCCGUGGUGGCGGCAUUUCUGAUGCAAAAGGAGAAGAUCUCCCUGGGAAAGGCGAAAUCGCUGGGUUUCGGAGCUGAUUUCAUGGGAUUGUACCAGGAAUCAUGGGAUUUAACCGAGAAGCGUCCUGAGAUCGACUGUAGGACCAACUUUUUGGACCAGCUUCGGUCUCUGGAGGAGGGGCUUUCCAGCUCCUUCCCCAGAGGAGUGGUUAGACUCUGUCAGGCGGCCGGCGCGCUCAAGAACGAGCUGUCUGAGGUCAAUCCUAAGGUGAUUAUGGAGAUUUCCUUCGAUGGGCAAUCCGUAGGGCGGAUCGAGUUCGAACUCUUCUGUGGCUGGGCUGAAAGGUUGAAUGACUUGAAGUUUGAAGGCUCAAGUGCAUCGAUAGCGAUGUGGACCGGCCACGGGAGUCGUGCUCGCCAACCAUGCUGGCGUAAACUGCAUGCGGCCUUCCAUGCGGGCGGGAAAUGCAUGCGGCCUACCGUGCUGGCGGUAAAUGCACGAGGACUAUCGAGCAGAAAGGCAACCUGGAUGUGGACGUUCUCGUUAAUCCUGCUGUUCCGUGUGUUCUUCUUCUCUCGCGUUUUCGUUUGUCUCGGUCGCGGAGUGGUAGCGUGCAGUGUCGCUCUGCCGACCCAACGUUUGCCGAAGCGAUUUUGCGGGGGUGGCCCGCCACCAGAAGCGAAAGAGCUCGUAGCUGCAAUCUGCUUGUCGGUUCUGCAAGACGAAAAGCGCGUCACUGCAGUGCUGAACCAAUCUUGGGUGGACACCUGGCACGGCUGGGAAGAGUUAAAGGCGGAUGGGUCGGACACUGUUGCCAGGAACGUCGCAGAGCGUUUGCUGCAGAUCGCUGGCGUCAAUAUGCCCCGAAACAUGAUGACCAAUGCAUGUCGGUUGCAGGAAUUGACUGCUCGCGGCUUGCACCUCAAAGUUGCAUCGUCGCAUGGUGUCAAUAACUGCCUCAUCGAUUCACUUUUGCUGUGCCUCGUUAACAAAGGCUUGACUCCACAAGAAUACACCAUGGCCGAACGCAAAGCGCUAUGUGCCACAUGUCGAGAAGAUUUGUGUGUGCGACACGGGGUCCCCCGUGGUGUGUACCUGGAUGGGCACCGGGAUACACCACGACAAGGCUAUCAUUUUGACGCGUUGGUUGGUGCCGUGGCGCAGAGUGGGAACCAACGAAAAUCAUGUGCGAGAGGAAGCCAAGCGCACACAACCGAAGAUGAAGGAUCGAGGCACGAAGACCGAGGCCACAGACCGCCUAGCAUGGAGUUGCAACGAGUUCAUCAGGCCUUGGACGGAUUUUUCCGGUCACGCGGCACUGGCAUCAACGUGAACACGCAAGACGCUCGCGACAUCAUGGAAGCUUGGGAUGAUGCGGAGAGAUGCUCGGUGAAACUGCAUAUGCUAUUGCAGGCGAACACAACGUACAUGGAUGCGGGCAUGCAUGCUGCGCGACGCUUGCUUGGGGAAUGGCGCGCGCACUACGCAACAUACACCCAAGGUCCCGGGCAAAGAUUAGGCGAGUCGAUGAGCGGAAAGGGCGGGAAGAAAGAAGUGGAACCGGCCGCAGAGGCGGAGGCUAUGGAGGUGGAGGAAGCUGUGGCAAGCAAUCGGCAGAAACUAUCGGAAACGGAGGUUACCGACAAGGAUGCAAGCAGCACCGGGAAGAAAGCAGCGGCCAAGAGGCCGCUGGCUGAAGGCCUGGGUUUGCCUCGGAAAAGGUUACGCGGAAAACAGCCGGCGCCCGAACAAGGUCUAGCAAGGAACGAUGUCAAAGGAGAUGAUGCAUUGGAUCACGGCCUUGCACUCGAUGAGUAUAUUUUGCGGACAUGGCACGCUACACACAGAAACCCUGACCCACGAGCCCAGGGUGACAUGGUGUUAGAGGCGUUGGGAAAACAGUUUCGGAAGAAACCCACGUUGCCCCAUUGGAUGGCUAUAGCAACACGAAAUGCGGCUUUCGAUUUGCCGGAUUACAUUUGUUCUUUCGAAGGGUGUAAUUUUGAGUCGGAGCUAGCGGAAGCGUUUGAAGAACAUGUUUGUCAAGAGCAUCGCCGGGCACUGGAACCUUUGGCAUCCAAACCAGCAACCAAGGCAAAGAUGUUGGAAGCAUACCGGGCAGGUUUAACCUGGGCAUGCCAGCAAGAUGCACCCACAGCUCACAUUGCCAUUGAUAGGCGUUGUCUGCGGCAGUAUCGCGACUCGCAAAGCGGUGACAAGAUCGGGGCCGGCAUUGUUUACUUUGCGCGCGCCGGUUUCCGUAUGCCGACGCCAUGGGCGAGGGCGAUCGCAUACAAUGGAAACAAUUGGCGGGGAAGUCGCAUUUUCUUGGCCUGUCUUUGGAAGAAACAAAACGAUGGCUGA